ACAAGUACAAAUAUAAGUAAAAAUUAACACGUAUCAUUUAAAAUUUGAUCAUCUAGUCAUUAAUUGUUCGAAUAAUCGUUACUAAUUGAUACCGCUAUAUAUAUAUAUAUAUAUUUUUUUUUUUUCAAUAUAACAAAACAAAAGUCUCGAGGACAAUGGCAUUUUUACAAGCAUAGAACAAUAACUAUAAAUAAUAUUCGAGGAUGAUCGAUUUAAUAAAGUUAACAGCUAAUAUCGAUCGAUUGAUCUCUUUCUAAACGAUUACAAAAUUAUAGAAUCCUUCACGAUAAAACGUCGUUCAACUUUCUUUACCAUAUAAAUAUAAUCGAACGCUUUCUAUUCAAAUUGACGCAUACAAAGCCGCUGUUCUACAUAUGCACGCACGCGUAUACUUAUACAUCUUUUUCGUAUAAGGAAAAUAAUAAGAAAAUAAGGAGAAAAAAAAAAGGAAAAAAAAAGAAAAAAAAAAAAAGAAAAAGGUGUCGACAAUGAAGGAUCGAUAUUCAAGGUGUAACCUGUUUCUUAAGUUUACCGAUCGAUAAACCUCAUAACAAUUAUGGCGAGAAAUACGGAGAGAGUGACCAGGUGAAACGGGGAAAAGUUUAGCUGUAAAAAGAAAAGGAAAAAAAGAAAAUAUAAUGCAACUACUUUCAACCUUCAUGGCGAGGCAUCUCAAGCGAGGAGCAUCCCUGAAAAAAGGGAAGCGCGAAGUCGUUGGAGGCGGAAGUCCUGUCAAAACUUCGUCAGCUUCCGGAAUAGCUUCGAACAAAUCCCUGAACGGUGUAUCUGCAUGUGGUACUGCAGGAGGAUCUGCCAAUAUGACACUCAACGAUCCUGCACCUGACGAUGAAUUUGCAUUGGCCAUCGCACAAAAAACUCAGAGGGAUGCAGAAGCAAUACGCGGUGCCCUGUACCUUGGAUUGGCCCUUACGAUCGCCUGGAUAAUCGGAGCAGUUGGUUUAUCCUUAGCCUGGUUAGUUCUAGUUCUGGCAUUAGUUGGUACAAUUGUUAAGGCAAGAAUCUCGCGACUACUUCAGACAGCUCUUCAUAACGAAUUGGCCAGAUUAAGAAGAAGACGAGCUUUGUACAAAGAUGAAACAGCAGAGUGGCUUAGUUUAUUACUCAACAAGUGGUGGAGAUUUAGCGCAGCUAGCAUAUUUUCUUUAGCGAAAGAACGGUUGGAACCAUUAUUGAAUGAAGCCAAACCUGGAAUAUUAGGACCAUUAGAGUUACGUGAACUUACUCUUGGGGAGCAAACACCGUACGUAACACGUGUGAGGACAUUGGAUUAUAGUUGCGAGGAUGAAACGUUGGAUGGUCAUUCAGGAGAGAGAAAACUAUCAAUCGAGGCCGAUGUACGAUUGGACUGCGAGCAAUUUCGCAUGCUCAUAGCGUCUCGUCUCUUCGGGAAGGGUGUCGGGAUGGACGUCGAUAUGGCCGUGGAAAAGUUGUCCCUAUCCGGUACAAUUCUCGCUACUCUGACCCUGAAUUCUUUGGCACCGUUUCCACACGCGACCAGCCUUAGCGUGAGCUUCUUGGAGAAACCGGAUGUUUGGUUCAGCGUGAGAAUCCUACGAGCCGUGCAGAUGAUGGAGAUGCCUUUAAUUAAGACCUGGAUUCAUGCUGUUGUUACCGAUGCUUUGGCCAGUUGGUUAGUUGAUCCGGGUCAUUUGGAAUUAAAUUUAAGAGCACAAGAAAGACCUGGCCCUGGAUUGGAUUCAUUGUCUAAUUCGAUACCACAAGGUGUACUAACUGUUGUAUUGAGUCAAAAUUGUUCAGCACCUAUCAUUGGGGAUGAAGUUAGGUGGUUGGUUGUUACGAUAGGUGAUCAACGACGUGUAACGUCACAUCUGAGUCCAACUUGGACCGAAGAUGUUUCUUUUCUCGUUGGAUCAUUGGAAAACGAAAGGAUUACCAUCAAAUUGAAAACUAAAAGGCUCGUUAGUACAAUCACGUUAGCGCAAUUUGAAUUGGCAUUGGGUGUCUACAAUUGGGAAAAUUCUCAGGUCGUUGAAACUGUACUACAACAAAAGAAACCAUCACGCAGCAGUUCAAACAUUCCAAAUAUCAAUGCUCGAUUAGAAUAUACACCCAUUCCUAAUUUGGAUCCGAAUUUGCCACGACCUGAAUUAACCGAUGACAUGUUACACAAUGCAGUGCCACGAAAGUAUUUCUCUCGAACACAGAAAUCAGGUGUUUUAGUGGUUUACAUCCAUUCAGCAGAGAAUCUCAACUGUGAUAAUUCACAAUGUAAUCCUUACUGUAUGUUGUUCAAUAAUCGAAAAAAGGUGAAAACAACACAUUACAUCCGUAAUACUAUCUCUCCACAUUGGGAAUGUAGAGCACAAUUUCUCGUACAGGAUUACACUCAAGUUUGUUUAAGCUUCGUUAUAUAUUCUUGGAAUAUUUCGAAAUCCUGUGAUUCGGAUAUGCUUGGACUCGCUAUGAUGUCGUUGUCACAGGACUCAACAUGGGUACUUAGAAAAGAAUUAACGUUAAACGGUACAAACAGUGUGUCGACCAUGACUGUUUCUGUGUUAUUUUAUCCUGUAAAGAGUGUACAACAAGUAGUUACCAGUCGAAGAAGCAGCAUGGUUCCCGUAGGCUCGGAUGACGAACCAAAAUCAAAGAGAAACAGUUUACCCUGGAUGCAACAAGCUAAAUUAUUAUUAACUCACAAAGACGUCGACCCUGCAUCUUCCGAUAUAUCGAGUCUUCUGUCCACUGGAAGCGGCUUAAUGGAAGUUACUUUGUUACGUGCUAAAGAUUUGGUUGCGAAAGAUUUAAAUGGCUUUAGUGAUCCCUUCUGUGAGCUCAAAUUAAAUAACGAAACUAAGUACAAAAGUAGUAUUAAAAAGAAAACUUUAAAUCCGUGUUGGGAUGAGAGUUCGAUCAUGGGUCUACCUCGGUCAGGAGAAAGUUUAGAUAUUGUCUUAUGGGAUCAUGAUACUUUUGGUAUGAAAGAUUAUUUAGGUAAAGUAUCAUUGACUCUUGAAGACAUAAGAAAACUUUCAAACAGCGAUCAGUCUCAUUGGUUCACGUUAAAGGGAACCAAAACGGGAUCUGUCGAGUUGAAAAUAAAAGUUCUCUCCGAGGAAUGUGAGACCCAAAGUACGUACGCAGCCAGUAACGUGAGUGAAGGUUCUUCUCGUUAUAAUAUCGAAACCGAAUCGAUAUCCAAUAUCAUAAGAAGACCAUCUAUGGAAAAAUCUAAGAUGAAGUUACAUCUGGAUCCAGUCAUCCCACCUCCGCCCCCUCCUCGUACCGUUACCCUAAUAAAACCAACUACUUCCAAUCAAUCUGACAAGACCAGUACGACGAGUAAAGAUUCGAUCGAAAUAAAUGGUACUCAGAAUUCAUGGAUUCCACGUGUUGCUAAUGAAUCAAUCACCGAUGUUGUUGUCGACGAAGCCGAUGCACCAAAAAUUCGAGAAAGACGAUCAUCUCAUCAUAGUCUAACACCAAGUCCCGAACAAAAUUUUGGUAAAAAGUUACCGCAAUACAACAGUUUCCGUGUUAUGAAACAAAAGGUGAAGAGAGGAUUGAAACUCCGCAGAUUUCGUUCAGAAGUUAACAUCGAGGAUAAUAAAAACGAAAGCAAGGGUAUUACUUUGAGUUUAGAACCAAGAGGUGGGGGUGAAGCUGAUGCUACAGAAUUGUUACAAGGUGCAGGUUUAGCACAUGCUGUUUCGCAACCUGAUAUGCUUGGUAGAAUAAGACAGCCUAGUCCACGUUUACGACUAAGACCAAAUGAAUUGAAAAUUGUUAAUGGAACAAGAGAAAGGUAUUCAGGUGUGGAAGGAAAAGUUUUACAAGCUCAGGGACUUCACGUUGCUCACAUAGCACAGUUAUACUGCCGAGUUAAAUUUCAAACAUGCAAUAGUCCAGACAAAAUGUCGUCUUCUGCUAACGCCGGUAAAACAAUAGCAAAGUCAAGAUUAUUACCGGCAAUGCCAAAUCCACAAUUCAGUAUAGAUUUUCAUAUUGAAAGCGACAGUGUUCCGAGACAAGCGUUGCUCAUAUUUGAAAUUAGGGGUGCCAGUAAAGAAUUAUUGGCUAGUCGACGUAUCACGUUACAUGAAUUAUUAGUAUCAGCAGCAAACAACGAGGUGCAUACCUGGCUGGCCUUGAACAACGGAGCUUCGUUAGAAAUACAAAUCGCACAUGGAAGGGAAUUAAAGAAUAAAUCAUCGAAAAAAUUAUUUCGUUCUUGGUCCGUUCAUCGAAUAGGGAAAAUAUGAGGGUUAGCCAAAGUCAGAAAUAUCUGACAGAGUUUUCAUUGAAAUUCGAUCAAUUUUUUUGUUGUAGUUUAUCUCAAAUAAAAAUCGAUUGGUUAUCGAUAUAUCG